AUGGCGGACAGAGUCCUAGCGACAAAACAACAAGGCCUUGACACAGACGCCUUGUCCCCGAGAGACGUCAACGUCCAGAUCCCCAGCCGACCUGUCGUCGAUCCUGCCAAAAUAAAAGCCACGCUGGCGGCCAAAACAGUUUCCAAGGACAAGGACCACCCUCCUCCUCCGCCCCCCAUCAUCUACGAGCCGCCGAGCAAUGAUCGCCGAGAUGGCGCUUCGUACCAGGUGGGCAAGAUGUUGGGCAAGGGAGGCUUCGCCGUGUGCUACGAAGGCGUGCUGCAAGGCACAAGGAGGCGCUAUGCCCUGAAGAUUGUGAAGAGCAAGAUGCAGCCCAAGAUGGAGCAGAAGUUCCAAACUGAACUUCAGAUUCACUCCAAGAUGAAGCAUCAGAACCUUGUACAAUUUCUGAGAGCAUUCUCCAUGGAAAAAUGCACAUAUCUGAUCCUAGAACUGUGCCCAAACGGUUCUCUCAUGGACAUGGUCAAACGCCGAAAGGGACUCACGGAACCUGAAGUCCGUUUUUACUCGGUACAGAUCGCCGGCGCCAUCAAAUACAUGCAUGCCAAGGGUAUCAUCCAUCGUGACUUGAAAAUGGGAAAUAUCUUCCUUGAUAGACACAUGAAUGCCAAGAUUGGUGAUUUCGGUCUGGCAGCCCUGCUCGUCACAGGUAGGGACAUGCAGACAAUCAGACGCACUACUCUCUGUGGUACGCCAAAUUACAUUGCACCCGAGAUUUUGGAAAAGGGCAAGAAGGGUCAUGACCACAUGGUCGACAUCUGGAGCUUAGGCAUUAUAAUGUUCGCAAUGUUCACUUCAAAGCCCCCUUUCCAGUCGUCGACAACAGACGAGAUCUAUCGACGAGCAAGAAAUCGAGACUAUGAGUGGCCCAGCACUGAAGGCACCAACAGAUAUAUCAGCCAGGAAUUCAAGGAGAUUGUCGCAACGAUGCUGGUGGAAGCCGAUCAGCGACCAGAGCCCGACAUCAUUGUCCAGCACGAUUUCUUCAUUUCAGGUCAUGUUCCUCUUCCAGCUGAGAUCACCACAAAGCUUAGGGACUAUCCUCCCGAGAGCGACGCAUUCUACCAGAUUGACCAGUCGACAGCACAGAUUGCGCGAAACAUGCGCCACUUGCAGAAGCUGUGCCAGGAAUGUGAAGUCGGGCCAUGGAAUGAUACGCAAAAAGUGUACACAAGCACGUGGAGAGAGGUCGCCUUGGAAGAAAAAGCUGGCUUGACACCCAUCAUUCCGCUGGCCGAGGGAAUCGUGUACAGGCCAUUCGAAGACGUGAGCAGAGAACAGGCGCUUGAUCAAGUGUCGCUCCUGUCUACUUCACGAACUAACUCCGAGGACGACUUGGUCUCGACACAGGCUGGCCAAACAGCACCAAGGGGUUUAUUAAGAGAGCCUCCCCAAAGCUUUGCAGCACAGCAGCGAGCACAAGGCCGACCUAAACCUGCUACACUGUCCCGCGCCCAGACACUCGCUGAUAUGGAAUCACUGCCAACUGCCAGUGGGACUAUACGCUCUCGAACCAAACGGGAACUCGUGCGGAGCAACACUGAGGAUAACAUCCUCGCAAUGCCCGCUGAAUCUGCCCCUGAAGUCAUCAGUCUGCCAAUAAGACCACUUGUUCCCGCUGGACGUCUGCAGCCCACACAGAGCAAGAAGAUGCCCGCUGAGAAGGCCAAGGAAACUGCACCGGCACGUUCGGCGGCCUCGGUGCCAGCUCCAGCCGUGUCAUCGGGUCCCGUGGAGGCCAGCAUGGAGACGCUUUUCGGCCCGUCGGAGCCACAACGCUCAGUUGCCGACACGAAGCCCGAUAUUGUGCUAGACAGGCUACGGCGACUGCAGGCCGAACUGGAGCGAGCACUGAAUGCCCGAACCAUGGCUAUUGUCAGUAAGGCUACGGCAAAGACUCCCUCCACACCACAUAUCGUUGUCAAGUGGGUAGACUACUCCAACAAGUUUGGUCUUGGCUACAUCCUCAACGAUGGUAGUGUUGGCUGUGUCUUAAAGAGCCUUCCUGGCAAAGCACGAGGAGGCAAGACUGUAAAGUUGCCCCCAUCAUGCAUCGUGGUUCGGGACGCCGAAAGCCACUGCCAGAGACGCCACGAUCCAGGCUACCCUGACCGGCAUCAAAUUGUGCCCAUGACUCAGCCAAUCCAGUUCUUUGAAAACAACGGAGAGGCUGGCCUCUCUGCAGUUAACGUGCCCCCCAGGCAGUUCAAGAUUUCCGUCGACGAGGAUGGUACCCCAGGAAAAGUUCCAGUUGGCAAAGAUAUCUACGACUACCGCAAACGAGAGCACCUAAUCCUGUGGAAGAAAUUUGCUAAUUACAUGAUGGCCUAUGGCCGUGACCAAGAGGCUCCAACCGACGAUACAGGCCACAUUCAAAUUCCAACUAGCACAAGCAGUACAGUGGCCCCCAGUGACGUUGUCACAUUCUACCAACGCAUUGGCGAUGUUGGAUGCUGGGUCUUUGCCGAUGGUCACUUGCAAUUCAACUUCCCUGAUCACACCAAAAUUGUGCUGGACCCGACUGGUACAUGGUGUCAUUUCUGGCACCUGCCCCAAGAUGCCGCAAUCAAGCUUGCCCAAACCGGCGAGCUUGACGAGAUGGCCUUGGACGAACGAGCAGUUCUUAGCUACCCCUUGCAGACGCUUCUCAACUUUGCUACCAAGCCUGCUGUCCGCCCUACACGCACUACUCAGAGCUCGCAGGCGCGCAAACGCCCCGAUAUCAGCCCCAUGCUUCAAGGCAUUCCUGCAGCCAAUGACUUCCGACGCAAAGUGGACUUCAUUAAGAAUGUCAUCAAGGAGUGGGUUGCUAAUGAGGGCAUCGGCAAUAGCGAUAUGAGCCGUGGUAAACGCAUGAUGUGGACGGGCUACCGCGAGACGGUCGUGGCUGGCCCCAGCAAGCACGUUUGGGUGACCAUUGGCGCCAGAUGGGGCGACGAGCGUUUCAGUGCCAUGGUUGAUCCAAAGAACCCUCACGAGCUCGGUGAUGAUGUCGAAGAAAGGAAGAAAGCUGCUGCUGCAUAA